GAGAUCAAGCUGUUGUUGAUUUGGCGUGUAGGGGAUACAAYAACAAAAUGCAAUGAAUGGAACAACAGCAASCAACGAUGGUAACAAGAAUACGAAUACGAAGUGGAAUCGGAAUCGGAACUGGAAUAGUGGCACGGGCAGCAGAGAUACGAGCACCACGGAUAURAUCCAAGGUGCUGGUAAGAACGAACAUUYGAUAGCGAUGAAAUGGGGAAAKAAGACGAAGGAUCGACGGCRGGUUGUGCGGAGGGUUGUCUCGUUUCCGAGGAGGAUGGUGGUCCUGACRUUCCUUCUCGCGGUGGCGCUUUGGCCGUGUCCCGCGARCCAGAACRGGGGCUCUCUCCUYCCCCURGCAAACGCGCUUCCGAGGCACGCGCAGGCAGCGACCGCUGCUACGAGGCCCACCGCAUCCGCUUCCAGAGAACCGCAAAYCGACRCAAYCCCGGCCAAAACCAAGCACCACCACCAGCCKGUCCACCACGUCGAGAUCGACUCUUUCCUGGUGCRCAGRAGGUUUCCCCUGAGGGUUGUUCUUCGCUCUGUCUGCCUCCUGCUCACGCUGUGGUCGGGAAUCGGCUGCUUCCGCACCAGCGGGGUUCCCUAUGCCCACACGGUCUGGCAGAUCGUCUACGGGGAGCAGCAGCAGCAGCUCCCACCCGGCAAGGUGUACAACCCCACCGCGAUGGACCGCCGGAUCGCGCAGAUGGUUCUAGCCUCCGAGGCAGAAGGAAGCGUCGUCCGCACCAUGCUCCCCCCGGUGGGCAUGCCGUCGGCGGGGCCGCUCCUGGCGCUGGUGGCAUCGAUUACGGCUUGGGUCUGCCUCGUCUGGCUCCUGCCCCUAUGGUCGACGGCGGCGAGGGUCCUGCUGGAUUACGAAGCCUACCAACCGAAYCGGGACUCUAGUGCUAGCGAGCGAUUCGUCCUGGUGCGUCGGUGUAGCCCCAACACGAGCGGCACCGCCCGCCGAACCAAAACAAAGAAUCACGGUCUCCUCGUGCUUCCCCUGCAGCAAUCCUCGCCAGUGAAAUCGAAAACGAAAGUGAAAUCGAAAACCAAACCAAAACAAUCAUCGCGGGAGCAACCAAAGAGCAAGAAGAARAAGAGGAAAUCAAAGAAAAAAAAGCAACGACACGAAAAGGAGGCCACUGGACCGGUUUCGUCGCAGGCGUGUUCAGGCUUCCUGGACGCCAACUACGGACACCCGUUCGAAACGUUCUUCGAGGUGGAUCACGGCCGGAUCUACUGCGAUACCGACACGGGGGAAUGUGUUCAUGGUGGACCCUCCCUCCAYGCUUCCCCUCUCCCAGAUCUCUCUUCGCURGCGGAAGAAGGGGGUAUCCCUGAUGGAAAGCGCUCCGYGGCGACGGACCGAUACCKCCCGUACAACGCCGUCAAGCUGGCCACUCCCACCCUGCGCGGAGCACUGGAAGAGCGCCUCUCCUCGCCRCUUGUCGUCGUCCAGCUGGCCGGAAAAUUCGUGUCGCUCCUCGAGGACGGAAUCAGGGCGAUCUUUUCGCUGGGUCUGACGCUGGUGCAACAUGCCUGGAACGCCAACGCCUCGAUCAAAUCGGCGGGGGAGCUCGCCGACGAGGUCCAAACCAAUCUGGAGAAGGGAUGUCCCGUGUUGAUAUGGAACCGGGCCAAACAGCGGUGGCUCGCUUCYGAUGCAGGAGACCUGCUCCCGGGGGACGUCUUCAAGAUGGCGGCGGAMCAGGGGGGAAGCGAUGGYGAAGACAAUGCCGCAAACAUCGACGGUAAGGAAACCAAUACGGAAAAGCACAAGCACAAGCAUGAAUGGAUCGUCCCAGUGGACGCCCUCGUGCUGAGUGGCCAGGCCCUUACGAACGAGGCCAUCUUGACGGGGGAAAGCGUGCCGCAGAUWAAAACUCCCAUUGAUUUUUUGGAAGAUGACGACGAAGAAACAGAAAGAACAAAACUUUGGCAAGAAGAACCAGCRACGAUGGGCACUGCCAGGCGAUUGGACUUGCACAAGGAUCGAUCCUCAAUCUUGUUUGCCGGUACCACCGUCUUCCACACGCUCGGUGGCAGACGCAAUCGUGGUGGUGGAGCAGUCGAGARCGGGCCCCUUGGACAAGCUUGCGUGGACACCACCGAUGCGAACCCCGGUGGCAUUACCUGCCUAGCGCUUCGCACGGGGACAUAUUCUUCAAAGGGAAACCUCCUCGAAGCGCUAAGGGGUAACAGCGCUACACACUCGGGUGCGAUUUCCAACGAACAAUCGGAGAAGGACGCCGUGCGCAUGAUUGUUUACCUGUCGCUCUGCGCAGCCCUGUCGUGCGGUUCCCUCCUCUUCCGAAACCAGGCGCGGGCCGUCAAGGUCUCGCCGUUUCGGAGAGUGAUCCAGUGCACGAGGAUUAUUCUAGUCAGCAUACCUUCRAACCUCCCUCUAGCCCUYGCAUCUGUGGCCAGGGGAUGCUCGGGGGUGCUCAGGGAAAGGGCGGACGUGGUGUGCUCCGAGCCGGGGUCUCUCCUGACAGCGGCCUCUGUGGACACRGUGGUCUUCGAUAAGGUGGGUUGCGUUUAUUUGUUUCAGUUUGAUGGGACUGGUUUUGGUUGWGAAUUYGAUAGUUUGGGAUGAACGUGUGUUUGAUUGCGAAUGGUGUAUUCUUUCAGUUGCGGAGGACGAAGGAAUCAUUGAUGCAAAGACGUGAUUUCUGCCUUUGUCUCACGCCCUCCAAAAACUUGACGCUGCUUGCCUCKURUMUCUAGACCGGAACACUGACAGCCGACACCCAGUCUUUGUCAAAAGUGGUAUCAAURCCAGGAUUGCCAGAAUCGGACCUCAACACCGAAUCKUUCCAAAGAUUUGUUCUUGCAGGAUGCCAUUCSCUAGUUCAAUUUCAAGAAGAUGGCAGGAGUUCUGUGGUGGGCGAUCCCCUUGACCAAGCGGCCCUCAGAUAUAGUCACUGGAGACACAACGAGACGCUCGGCUGUUAUGUACGGCACGGGGCUUUUAAUGACACUGUUUCAGAAGACRGUGUGUCUUCUUCAUCUAUUGGUUCACAACCGACACGCUUGUGGCAGAUUUGUAGUUUUCCGUUCGAUCCCAGCCGCAGGCUUUCAUCGGCUAUAGUCCUUUUACAACGAGACGACUCUAGUCUCCAGCUGUGGAAACUGACGAAGGGAUCCCCCGACACAAUGAUCACAUUGAUGGAAACAACCCUUGACUCGAAUAUCACAAAAUCUCAAUUCAGAAACCAAACUCAAGAACUCGAGAUGCAGGGCUACCGAAGCAUUGCUAUCGGAGCAGAAAACCUUGCUAACUCAACCAUUGCYCGCUUGCUGUUCCCAAACGGUUUGUCCAUCGAAGCCGAGUUUCUUGCACAAGCCAAGGCUAACGCAGAGGCACUGCAUAGAAAAGARGUCGAUGGAGUGCGUGGGCUGCAAUUUUGUGGCUUUUGUUGUUUCGAAGCUUCCAUACGGCGUAGCAGCAAGAGAGUUAUCAAGGAACUGCUUSGGGGAGGUCUGAAUUGCGUUAUGCUGACCGGAGAUUCUGUAGAUGCCGCCCUGAGUGUUGCAAGAAAAGUCGAGAUGUACAAAAAUAGAAAGAUUGCGGUGCUGGAACUCUUGGAGAACUCCACCACCGAAAAAGCYGAUGGACUUGUAUGGCGAAUACUGACCCUGAAAACAAAAAAAGAUGGAUCGUUCAAAAUACUGCGUCAUCGCACAAGAACGGAAAAAGUUACGGUAUCGUCGGUCAAGAAAUACACCGGGUCAAAGGCCAAAGGAAAGUUUUCGCUGGCAGCCCACGGUCGGGCUUUAGAAAUGAUUCUAUGCGGGAGACCAAAUAAAGUUGGUAAAAUGAUAACCAAACAACUCGACGCUUUCUCCGUCGUUGCGAGAGCCACUCCCGAGCUCAAAAAGCAGGUAAUCGAGACUUUAAAACAUGAUUGUGACAAGCGGGUCAUGAUGUGCGGUAAGUGUGCAACUUAGGCUGUUCAUUUAUUUGCUUAGAAUCUAGCUUUUCUUAUCUGCUUUUGCUUUURCCACAACUGACUCAGGUGAYGGAGUAAAUGAUGUUGCGGCUAUCCAAAGUGCAGAUGUCGCAGCUUCUUUGCUGACUGGCUUUGGUGCCGAAAAUAUUGAAUCUAACAUCGAUGUUGACGAUAAACGUCGCAUGAAAAGGCUUUCAAUGUUGAAUAUUGGAAGCAACAGAGCCACAAAUGUUGCGCAAGCAAGGAAGAAAGAAKCCAAUGAGAGGAUCCGAAAAGAGGUUGAAAAGUACCGUGAGGAGAUAAGGAAGCAGUCGUCGUCAAAAGAUACUAGCAAAAAGUCAGAGUUUGAUGAGCUGAAGGAGAUGAUUUCAGCAACGAUGCGAGCGGGCAGAAAUGAACAGCGUCGUGCGGAACAGCUAAGAAAGGGUGGUGGAGACGCGGCUCGUAUCCUUGCAGAAGAACGCCAAGGUCAAUUAUCAGCCGAAGGUGACGAAGUGCACGAUGAAAGCUUAGAACCACCACCGAUUAAACCCGGUGAAGCGUCUCUUGUGUCUUCUUUCUCUUGUCUUCACCCAAGUGUGGACGGUAUCGAUGCCAUUAUCAGGCAGGGCAUCGCCACUUCUGCGAGUGCUUUGGCAACGCAACAGGCGAUYGGACUGCAYUCGUUAAUGUCCUGCUUUCACUUGGCAACUCUUUACAGAGAUGGGUUUCGGUACGGCAAAUACAUGUGGGACGUGGAAAUGYUUUUUUAUCAGAUKUUAGAAACGGCACGGAAUAGGGCGUCAUGCRCUCCUCGACCGAGGCUUCCGGUUUCAGUGGUUGAUCGACCACCAACAUCGCUUUUCGAAUUUGGCAGUGUCUUCGAAACAAUCUCUCAGGCAGUCGUGCACAUAUCUUGCAUGGCAGUGAGUGUGAGAUACGCAAAACAUAUCGAACGCAUUGACAUCGACAAAKGCAACGAACGAAKAAUAGAACUGAAGAAUUUCCACGGAGCGCAAAGCACAAAGAUAGCAAARCUGAUGGACGCCCUCGCGAAACGAUCCCUAAUGGAUACGACCGAGGGAGAGAAAAAUCCAAAUCCAUUCUUCCAGCGGGCGCCAUUCCGUCCCAACUACGAAACAAACAUGGUUUUUAUCCUUUCCAUUCUUCAAAGCGCCAUUAGUGCGGUUGUAAGCCACAAGGGAAGCCCUUUCUACCAUGGAAUUUUGGAAAGCCGAGAUUUGUGCACAAUAGCAGGUGCUACGCUGAUAUUCGUCGUUGCGUGCAUUACUGGAAAACUGUCUUCGCUUGCCUCUCUCUUGGAAUUGAAGCCGCUACCAUCGAAGUGCAGUAAACUUGUCUUGCUUGGAAUUGUCUCGAUGAAUAUCGCUGCGUGCGUAUUCUGCCGAUACAUUAGUGAUCGCUUUCUUUUGUCGACAAUAGAAGAACAGCCGARCAGGGUGAAAGGCAUUGUAUCUGACGAGGAGAAUGCCGAGCAGUCAAAUAAUGCAGCUAUUUACGAAGAGAAAUUACUUCGUGAAGAAACUGAAACGAAUUGGAAAGGACUCAAACUUUUAGCUGCCAUUUUUUUCUAUCUAGUGGUAGAAGUCCUGGUGUCCUCYGAGUAAUAUAAGUUUUUUGAAAAAUUGUCCAAGCAACACAUACACACACAUCCAAACGUUGCACAAACCGCGGGGAUAUCACGAAAUUUGUAUUAAUUUUUCUUAGCAGGAAUAGUAUUAUGACUACUUUCUUUCUUUCCCAWAGGGUUGUCCUUGCUCACAUAUGUAUGAAAGGAGAAGCGAAGAAUAUWGCUGUCUCUCUUUUCGUCUACAUUGGACCGGACAUAGAGAAAUACCAAUAACGACAUUCCUAAUGU